AUGAUAGCACAACGCACCCAUUUGAUCGCAUUCGCGGCUGGCGUCUGCACCCACCUAUUUUAUUUCAAGAGAGGAGAACACCAUCGAAAUGGCAGCAAGUACGUCAAAGUCGCUUUUUACGCCUCUGUACUGCUACCAGCAACCCAGACGAUUGCCUUAUCUGUGUCGUUGAUGUCGGCACUAAGAUCAAGUGCAGCAAUUUUCGGAUACUCCCUGCUCGGUCUCUACAGUAGUCUUCUGUUCUACAGGCUUUUGGCUCAUCCUCUAAAUAAAUUCCCUGGCCCAAUCGCAGCACGUAUUGGUGACCUUUGGUUGACCGCUCAGCUCGGCAAGUCAGACAUGCACAAGACAAGCGUUAAUCUCUACAACGAAUAUGGUCCUUACGUUCGUGUUGGGUCAUCCUAUCUGAUGAUUGUGCACCCGUUAGCAGUUUCUGCUGUCCAUGGGCCUCAGAGCAAAUGUCGCAAAGCUGAUUUAUACGAUUUUGAGCAACCAAAUCGCGGGAUAGCGACAAGGGACAAAGAGUUGCACCAUGGUCGUCGAAGGGUCUGGAGUCGUGGAUUCGGCGAUAAAGCGCUUCGGGGGUAUGAAAGCCGCGUUGCUGUGUACGUUCAGUUACUUCUCGAUCGCUUGUAUAGCUCGGCCGAAGGUGCAGUUGAUACCACCAAACUGAUGGAGUUCUUUGCAUUCGAUACCAUGGGAGACUUGGGGCUGGGCAAGUCUUUUGGGAUGCUAGAGAAUGACAGCCAUCAUUCCGCUAUCAAACAUCUGGUGGACAGUCUGGAGAUGAUGGGCGUCAGGUUGCCUAUGUGGCUAAUUCGUCUUCUCGUUGAUUCGCCUUUAGCCCCUACUGAAACCGACAAAUUUCUCGACUUCUGCUACAAGCAGCUUGCAAUCCUGAUGAAUGAUGAAAAAAGAUUGAUAAGACCAAGCAUCAUGGCUCCGCUUCUGGCUCACUACGAAAGUCUCAGUCCUGAGAAGCAAGACAUAUCGGUGAUCAGAAACGAUGUCAGGUUCAUCAUUAUCGCGGGCAGCGACACAGUAGCGGCGACAUUAGCCUUCAUAUUCUACUACCUUGCAAGAUAUCCACAACAUAUCGAAAAGUUGCGCAAGGAGCUUCUUCCAGUGAGGAGUACCAACGGAUACUAUGAGCACGACAAGAUACAAAAUGCAGAACAUCUCAAUGCUGUCAUCAACGAAGCUCUGCGUCUGCACCCUCCAGCAUCCACAAUCCCGCGAGUAACGCCACCUGAGGGGAUUAUGGUGGAAGACACCUUUAUUCCGGGAAAAAUGACUGUCUUUACGUCCCAGUAUGCUAUCGGUCGAUGUGAAACAGUCUACCGCAUGGCAAACGAGUUCGUUCCUGAGCGAUGGUCCUCUCGGCCUGAACUGAUAAUAGAGCGGGCAGGAUAUGCACCAUUUUCAACCGGUAUGUUCCACUUGUGUGGUCCAAUUUAUUUCUCUCGACUGACAAUUGCCUUCAUAGGAUCUCACAGCUGUAUCGGGCGGCCUCUGGCGCUCAUGGAAAUGCGACUUGCCAUCGCGGAGUGUAUUUCGAGGUUUGAUAUCAAGUUCGCGGAAGGCUUUGGGCCUGACAAGUUCAUAGACGAUGUCAAGGAUUGUAUGUCGUGGCAUAUGGGGGCUCUCAAUUUGUGUUAUUCGCCAUGGAGUCAGAGUAGUGUAUAG